AUGAUAUAUGCGUUUUUUCUGCUACUUGCCUCUUUGAAUUCAGUCGUCACUGCAGAACAUUUAUUAGACUUCGCCUCUUUGAAGUUAUGUGGUGACAAUAGGGGCCUGUUUCCAGACCCUUCGGACUGUGGAUACUUUUUUGACUGCACUACAUAUUACGCUGUUCGACUGAGAUGCGCUCCGGGGACAUUCUUUAAUGGUGAUACCAGAGAAUGCGAUUUUCCAGAAAAUGUUCCAAGAUGUGAAAAGCAGUUAUACGGAGAGUCAAAAAAUAACUAUAACUUAGAUGGCGUCAUUGAUCCAAACGAGAUUAUCAUUGUGAAUUCUGGAAAAGAAGAAGGAACACUGAAAUCUGAUAUUCCAAAUGAGACAAAAUCAACACAAAAGGAAACUCAAACGAAUGCAGAAGGAAUUGUAAUUACAAACAGGGCAAAAGGCGUGCAUGAUCCCUUUUGUUAUGGUAAAACGAUCGGAAAUUAUCCUGAUCCAGAAUUCUGUGAAUACUUUUUUCAAUGCAGCGUCACAUUGAGUCGAAGACAAAAGUGUGCCCCAGGAACGGUGUUUAAUCCAAAUUCAAAACUGUGUGACUUUCCAUCACAAGUAGCAGGUUGCGCAAAUAAAUCCAAGAAAAACCUUUUUGUGAGCAAAUUAAAGAAAUAUGGUGGCUUGCGGACUGUGAUGUUACAGCCUCCCCCACCCCCACUCCCUUCAACGACGCCUUCUUAUUCCAGCAAAGAAGUUACCACAUCUGAAGACUCUCCAAUGGAACAAUUCAGUUCCACAACACCUAAAGUAGAAACAGAAACCAAGAAACCACUUGAACAAAAUUUAAGCCCAAAUAAAGUAGAACCAGCAAAAACAGUAGCAACGGAUUUACAGAAAGAAAAGAAAAAGUCAGAAAAGAAGAAUACAAUCUUUCAAGAGAGGACCAUCAGUCUUUUUAGGACAGGUCUAAGAAAUUUUCUUCUUAGAGAUGUGAUCCGUAAUAAUGGAGGACAUAGAGCUGUUGUAAAGGAAACAACAACAACAACAACGACAACAACAACAACUCAGCCGACUUCCACAAGAAAGGUUCGAUCCACAGAAAGCUUGCCUACUGUAAACCCCACAAAAUUGCCUGCGAGAAUUCAACAAACAAAGUCAAAAGAUUCGCAACCACAACCUUAUGUUCUGACGGAAAGAAAUGUUGUUGUUUCUGACUACAUGAACAUGGACUUAUCUAACCCCAAACAGAUGGGUGUUACUGUAUUUCCAAUGUCUACAUCUCUGAACUUAGAAAGCACAAAUGUUCGAGACAUACAGACGUCUAAACCAAACACUGUGGACGAUGCUCUAGAAGAAGCUGGGAAUAUUGUCAGCAAGGCGUCCAUAGAGAACAUACUGGCAUCGGCCCCUGCUCCUCCAUUGGACACCUACUCCGUACACGUGGACGGCAACGGUCAGGCAAGAAAAAUCCCACUGAUAGAAACGGGCGAUAUCAAUGGGGACUUUGGGUCUGACAAGGGUAUUCUCAGCAGUGUCGGAGAUACGUACAACGGCCUCACGAAAGACCAGUCCUUGAGCGCGUCCAUUGCGGCCAAACUUAAAGCGUUAAAGUAUCUAUCGUCUUUCAUUAAAUCUGAAAGACUGAACCAAAUUUUUCGAGAUACUUUGCGAAAAAGUCAGUUGAUGAGUAAAAUCUCAAAGAAAUCUAGAAACAUUUUCAGAAACUCUUCAAGAACGGAGAAGACCGUUCAUUAUCCUCGGCUGAUUGUAGUGACCAGCAUGGGAUCUGGAGACGCAAAUCGAAAACUCCUGGAGAAGUUUGAGGUUGGACUGACGUCAAAACACCAGAACUCAAUUAUGUAAUCCACGUGUCGAUUUAGCUGUAUAGACUAGGUGCAUAGACUAGAUGAGUAGUGCGUUUAGAUUUAUAGCAAUUAGUUUUUAGUAAAGUUGUGUAAUGUUGACAUAUGAAGAACAUUUACAUAGCUGUAGUGUUAUUUUCCGUAUUUGAAUCAUAGUAAGAAAUCCGCAAUUAUGUAUUACAGGGUAACUGUUUGGUGCUUGUUUCAUUCAUCAAGUUUAUAUAUAUGCAAAUAAAUUA